AUGCCCAAGAAAGGUCCCGCGAGGAAGAAGGAGGUCCCGACCCGAGAGCGAUAUUCACCACCACCACCGCCAUCAUGGCCACCCCUUACUCCGGUAAUCCCGUCUGAGGACCUAACGGUGGAAACAAUCCUACCCAUGCAAAUCCUUACAAUCCCCAAAUUCUUCACCGCGGCACUCUGCAGAAUAUACCACAAUUUCGUUUCCCAAUCCCUCGAUUUGACCACAACGCCCGGCAAGCCGAAACGUGGUGAAGCGUUGCGUGUGAAUGACCGCAUCUCAAUAUACGACCUGGGCUUUGCGGAGCGUUUGUGGAACGAAACGGGAUUGAAGGAUCUUGUGGCACGGGAAGCCGGUGAGGAUGGUGGGAAGGAAUUGUGGGGCGGGGAAGUCAUAGGACUUAGCCCAAAUAUCAGAGUUUAUAGAUACUCUAAAGGCCAGUUCUUCGAUAAACACUGUAAUUCCCCUAUCCACGGCUUCCGUGGGGUAGAGAUAGUAUUAAGUGCUUGACAGAUGAUGAUACGGCCUCGUUCUCAAUCGGUGAUCCGCAGGUGAGAGUUCAGACCACAUGGACGCUAUUGAUAUACCUCACUGGGAGGAGCGAUGGGGUUCGCGGAGGGGAAACGGUGUUCUACACCGAAGCAACAAAGCACACCCAGGGCGAGGAACACGCCAUUGAACCUGAAAAGGGAACUGCGCUAUUGCAUAGACAUGGAGCUCACUGCCUUCUCCACGAAGGGAGAGUGGUGACGGAAGAUGCCGGGGUCGGGAAGUGGGUGUUGAGGACUGAUUUGAUAGUCGGACGGUAA